GCCAGUGAUAAUCUCAAGGUUUACUGGGGUUUUAUCUGAUUCUUAUCUGAUUCUUUGCUCUUUUUUCCAUACUGUGGGUUUUAGUGAAGUUUACUGAAAACAAACAUCGCCAAUAACAAACACAACAAUUCCUCCUCAGCAUUCAGCAACUCCACGCGAGGCGCCAUGUUUGUACGCGUUGCUAUGGUUGCUCCGACAAACUAAUUUUUCUCUCAGCUACUUCCUGAUGGUUUACAGGACGAUUACUCCGAGUCGCCCCCUUUCGUUUCAAUAGAAUAUUACAACGGCGCUCCCAAGCCUUUUCCGAUUCUCCCAACAUGGCCGUUCGGUUUACCGACUGAGCCGAAAGAGUCAUUUAACAGUUCAUCUUGUGUGCAUUAUCGCCUCGGUUCGGAGCAUUUUUUAUUUCGUUAGCCAGGAACAGAAUUUUAUGAGGUUAUCUACUUCAACCAAUAACACUAACAUCGCAUAGACUCAAAAGAACGAUUCAGAUGGACUUGUGAACUGGCUGACUGAUUCAUUUAAAAGAAUCGGUUCGUACGAACGAUUCAUUCAUGACGCGGACAUCAUUAGAAAGGGAACAAGAUGAGGGAUUGAAACAAAACCCCAAACAUGGAGGACAGUUUGGACGCUUUGUUAGACGAGGUUGAAGCAAAGUUUUGUCGAGAGAUUUCGCUGUCGCAUCGGCCUUCGUGCACUUUAAAAUUCGAGCAAGACAGCAACAGACAACAAAGCAAUAACGACUCCGUGCUCAGAGUUUCAAAUCCACAUGAAGUUGAAGGAGUUGACAAUAACAUCGAGGCUGUGCUUCAGGAAAUACUAAAUGAUGAUGAUUAUCCAGCCUCCAGUUCACACAGACCUGUUUUAUCAAAACCUUGUGCUAUGGAGUCUUGUUCUCAUACAGCUUUAAAGAAGUGUUGCCCUGUAUAUUUGGGUGGAAGCUCUACAGCAUGUGGUGUGGGAACAAGUGUUACGCAGAAGGCUUGUGACCAAAUAAGAUGUACAUCUUGUGACUUUCGUGUCGUCAUGUUUGAUGACCAGGAGUGGGACUCUUCCUGUGACUAUCUGUUUUUCAGAAACAACAUGCCGGACUGUAACAAGUUGCGAGUGAAGCUAAAGAGGAGGCAAGGCGCUCGGGCGUAUGCCUGCCAGUGUAGCUGGCACUCUGCCUUUAUGCUGUCUGAACUCAGACACGUUCCUAAGCUCAAGUGGAUUUGUGGCCAACACACAGCUUGCUGAUGUUUAUAACAGACUCCAAAGUUGCAGCUAUUCAAAAGGGAUUUAAAAAAAAAAAAACAAUACUUAUGUGCUCUCCACUUAAAAGAAGAUGGCCAUUUUCUAUAUUCCUUUUCUCAGAUGAUCAUGUCAGAUGAUAUGUUGGAAUAGACAAGUUUGGUUUUUAAUGUCCCAUUAGAUCAAUGCGCAUUCCAGCACUGAGUGUCUAAUAUUAAUAAAAAGAUAUAUUCAUGUACAUACAGUGGUGUGAAAAGUAUUUGUCCCCAUCCUGAAUUCUUCAUCUUCAUUUUAGAUCUUCAAACAAAAUACAGUGUAAAACAAAGGCAACCUGAGUAAAAACACAAUACAGUUUUCAUUCAUUCAUUUAUUUAUUUAUUUAUUUAUUUAUUUAUUUAUAUUAUUUAUAUUAUUGAAGCAAAAAAGUCAACCCCUAUCACCAAUGUGAAAAAGUAAUUGCCCCCUUAAACUUAAAAUCUGGUUGUGCCACCUUUAGCAGCAAUAACUGCAAUCAAAUGCUUCCAAUAACUGGAGAUCAAUCUUUCACUAACUUCUUGGACUAUGCUUUGGAUCAUUGUCUUGCUGCAUAAUCCAGUUGCACUCGAGUUUCAACUUACACACUGAAGACUGGAUAUUCUCCUUUAGGAUUUUCUGGUAGAUGGCAGAGUUAAUGAUUCCCUUAAUUAUUGCAAGUUGCCCAGGCCCUGAAGCACUGAAGCAUCCCCACACCAUCACACUACCACCACCAUGCUUGACUGUAGGUACGAUGUUCUUUUUGUGGAAUUCUGUGUUUGGUUUAUGCCAGAUGUAACAGGACCACUGUCUUCCAAACAGUUCCACCAUCAAUCCACAGAACAUUCUCCCAAAAGGUUUGAGGAUCAUCAAGGUGAGUUUUGGCAAAUUUUAGAUGAGCCUUAAUGUUCUUCUGGGUUAGCAGUGGUUUUCACUUCGCCACUCUUCUAUGGAUGCCAUUUUUACCCAGUGUCUUCCUGAUAGUGGAGUCAUGAACAGUGACUUUUAUUGAUGCAAGAGAGGCCUGUAGGUCCUUUGAUGUUGUCCAUGGCUCUUUUGUGACUUCCUGGAUGAGUAGUUGCUGUGCUCUUGGAGGAAUUUUGGAAGGUCGGCCACUCCUGGGAAGGUUCACUACUAUGCCGAGUUUUUCUAUUUGGAGAUAAUGACUCUCACUGUGGUUCUAUGGAGUCCCAGAACUUUUUAAAUAGCUUUGUAACCAUUCCCAGACUGAUGUAUUUCAAUCACCUUCUUCAUCAUUUGUGGAAUUUCUUUCAACUUUGGCAUAGUGUGUUACUGGGUAAGACCUUUUAACCAACUUCAGGCUGUUGAAAAAGUUCUAUUUAAGUGUUGAUUUGAUUGAAUAGGGUUUGCAGUAAUCAGGCCUGGUUGCGUCUAGUCCAGCUGAACCCCAUUAAAAAUGCAGUUACAUAGAUUUGGGGAAUUAGUAACUACAGGGGCAGUUCAUACUGGAUAACUUUUUUUUACUUCAAUAAAUAACAUUUUCAUUUUAAAACUGUAUUGUGUGUUGCCUUUAUUUUAUCUUAGAUUUUGUUUUAAUUUCUGAAAGAAUUUAAUAUGAGAUGUACACAAAAACAAGAAAUCGGGCAAAUACUUUUUCACACCACUGUAAUACAGAUACAUAAAAUUUUUCGAGUGAAGUGGUAUGCAGUGACAUUUCCACAAACUGACUUUUAAAGACAACUGAAGUCACAUUAAUUCAUUCAUAAGAAUGAAGGAGGUAAAUUAACAUAAUGUGUCUUUUUGUUGUUGUUUUGGCAUGGACAUUACUAAGUAAAUCAGUUGUUAUGAAUGUUAUAAUGUGUUUACAUUAUGGAUGUGACGUGUCUAAGCUUUUCCCCACAGACUAGAAAUCACUCAGUUAUAGUCAAAUCUAUAAAACGGCUGAAAGAGGAAUUAAUCAUUAACUACAACAGAGCCAAGUUAAAUAAAUGAAACUUAAGUGGAAAUUCCCAUGUGCUGUUUGAAUGCUUUUAUGACUGAAAUUCUGUUUUUGACUAGAAACUUUCAUAAUUUCUUAAACAUAUAAUGUGUUACAAAUCUGUAUAUAUUAAUUUAUAUUCAUUUAAACUGUUGUAGGAUGUCAUGAAUACUUUUGUUUGGUUCAAAAGAGACCAAAGAAACAUGUAGAUAGAAAAAAAUCUGAAAGAUUUUAUUUUAAAAAUGUAACCUCUAGAUGUUAAAUAAAUAUGGUAGCAAGCA